UGGGUCACCAGGCAUCAGGUCAUUUGGCUUGCCAGCGGGCACCGCGUCAUCUGGCAAGGCAGUGGGCACCGGGUCACCAGGCAUUGGAUCGUCUGGCUCGACAGCGGGCAUCGGGUCACCAGGUAUGACAGCGGGCACUGGGUCACCAGGCAUCAGGUCAUUUGGCUCGCCAGCGGGCACCGCGUCAUCUGGCAAGGCAGUGGGCACCGAGUCACCAGGUACCGGAUCAUCUGGAUCAACAGCGGGCAUCGAGUCAACUGGCCUAAUAGGAUCAUCAGGCUGGAUCAGUUCAUCAUGCUGAGUGGAGGGAGGCAUCAGGCUGAGUGG